ACCAGGCACGUAGCGUGGGCAAGGAAGGUGCGCCGGUGCAGGGGACACGCUCACCUCUGUGUGACCUUCAGCAAGUUCCUCCCUCUCUGGGCCCCAGGCUCCGAGGGACAGAGCCCGGCCUGGGGGGAGCUGGGGGGCUGGGGUCGGGGUAGACCCCAGGAGUGCUGUGAAUCCCGGGAGGGCCGGGUCUCAGGGCACCCCUGGCCCACACUGCCCUGUCACCCGGCUCCCGGGCUGCCCCCCACUGCGAGGCAUCCGCUGACCCUCAGCCUUCCCUGCGGCCCACAGAGCCCCUUCCCCUAAGGAUGUUGCGCCUGGCAACAUCCUUUCCACCCCUGACGUGCCCUGGGCCCUUUUCUGGGGGGUAAACCGAGGAGGGGAGUGAGAUGUGCUCCACGAGGCCAUCCACAGGGCCAGGAAGACCUGAGGAAAUGAGAGGCCCUCUCCCCCUGUAGGAGGAGCUCGUCGCCCCCAGACACACCCUGGGGCCAGCAGGCAGUGGGUGCAGCCUGUGCCUGCCACCACCUGGUCGACACUCCAAGGGGUCCCAGGGAGACUGGGCACAAAGGGAGGGUCAGGCUGAGAGGGCAGCAGCAGCCAGGAGCCACCGGCCCUCCCUGGUGCAGAGGAAUGAGGGGAAGGGCCAGUCCCAGAGGCUGGCUGGAGCUGCUGUGAUGGGAGAAGGCUGGUGACGUGGAUGCAGCUGCCGCCAUGGUGGCCCAGGCGUCAGGUGCGGCAGAACAGGUGGCCUGACUGCUGAGCAUCUCAUCCUCAGGUCUUGGCCAGUGGAAGCCUUCAUAGGAUCCUUAUGGGACCCAGGACACAAACAGGGUGGAGAGGGGGCCUGGGUCUGGAUGGAAAAUAUCUGGCCCAGUGCUGAGCUCUUGUCACCUCCUCGUCCCGCAGAGGCUACUGACGCGGCAUUUCCAGGACUCCCUUGCAGCUAAAGUGCCACGGUGUGGUGGGGUUUUGAGUGAGGUCAUGAGGGUGAGGCCCGCAGCUCCGGCCCGUAUGCUGUGCUCCACACCUGUGCGCCCUGGCAGCCUCCCCAGAAGGUCCCCACCAGGCCCCCUCUCUGCAGCCCACAUUUCCUUCCUGCUGAUUGUGCCGUCUGAUCAAGGCCUGUCACCCCAGUGGGACUCAGCCACAGGGGUCAGCAUGGCUCCCACACAGAGCACAGUGGGGCCGAGAGAGGGGCCCUCAACCUGGGUCAAAGACAGGAGUGAGUGAAUCUGGGGAAUACGCUCUCCUUUCUCUGGCCUUGCCGCCCCUCUGAGGUGGUGGAGAAGUGGUCUGGGGCCCCGUCCUGGGGCGGCUGAGAAAUGGCCCCUGCCCCGGGCAGGCUCUGCCUUCCCGAAGCAGAAAGAAGGCCAAAGGGAGCGGGAGGGUGCAGCCGUUUGGGGGCUGGAGAUUGGGACCUGCCCCGCCCUGGGGCCCUGCAGCCAGGAAGCUACUGGUGUUGACUGUGGGCGGCCACCCCCCCACCCCAGCCAGCAGAACAAUAUAAAGCCGCCCAAGGUCUGCUCCCUGCUGCCCACCCACCACCAUGAAGGCUGUCCUCCUUGCCCUGCUAGCCGCUGUCUUGGCCCUGCAGCCAGGCACCGCCCUGCAGUGUUACUCCUGCCAGGCCGAGGUCAGCAACCAGCAAUGCCAGCACGUGCAGAACUGCAGCCACUCUGAGACCCAGUGCAGGACUGAGCGCAUCCGUGCUGCUGAUCUCCUGACCUUCAUCAGCAAGGGCUGCAGCUCGCACUGUGUGGAGGACUCAGAGAACUACUACGUGGGCGAGAAAAACGUCACAUGCUGCUCUACUGACCUGUGCAACGCCAGCGGGGCCCACGCCCUGCAGCCGGCCAUUGUCACCCUGACGCUGCUCACCGCUCUUGGUGUGCUGCUGUUCUGGGGCCCCAGGCAGCUGUAGGAUCCAGGAGGACCCUGUUGUGUCCCAUGCUGGGCAGUGGUGCCCAGGGGCCCGGGGGGCACUCCUCACACACACCCGAUCCAGUCAUGGCCCCUUCUGAACCCUAACUCAGGUUGGACGAUGCCCCUCUGCCCUUUCCAGCCCUCCCUGGCUCCCUCCAGGACUCCUGCCCAGCUGCCACCGCCCGGCAGGCUGCGCUCUGUGAUGUGGAACAGCGUGCAGAUGGCCCAUCAGACCCCCUCCCAAUAUUCCGACCCACCCCUUAACCUUCACUCAGGCACUUCUUCCUCCAGGAAGCCUUCCCUGCUUGCCCCCUCCACGAGCUGAGCCAGGUCCUGUCCGUGGUGUCCCCCGCACCCAGCAUGAAGCAGGCUCUCAGGAGGGCCCCAAAAAGGCUGAGAGGAAAUGUUCCGAGUAGAAUUAGGGUCAGAGGUGUGAGGUCCUGGGAGCCCCAAGAGAUGAAGCUUGGAGGGGGGAACAGCUCCCCAUGUUCAUAGGGGUCCUGGGGCAGCAACCCCAACACACAGUAGGCCCUUAAUAAAGGCCCAUGGGCUUGGUUGCAGAGAACCUGUCCUUGCAUGCCUGCAGGCUGAGGUAAAGGUUGGGGUCCAGGGCUGUGAAAGGUUGCCACCUGGGGCCACGUCUGUGGCUGUGGCUGUGCCCUUGGCUCCGGCCAGGGCAGGAGCAAAUGUCUGACUCCUGGAAGGGAGGACAUUGCUGCAAGGCCGUGUCCCUGGGACCUCCCGGCUCUUGCUGUGUGGCCUCACACAUGUUGCUCAACCUCUCUGAGCCUCAGAUGCUCACUGGGACCCAUCUCUGCUGUGAGUACUGACCCAGAGAUUUCAAGGCAUGGAGACAUUUCUGGGUGGGAGGGGCUGCUGCUGCUGCACGAGGCCGCCAGAACCCCUGCGCUGUCCUCCCCCUUCAGCUUGAGGACAGCCCCUCUGUCUCUUUCUUCAAUUACUUAUUUUGUUUGUUGUAAGGGCUUCACACCCAGAGCAAAAAAUUCAAACUGUACAAGAGGGUCCCCAGUGCUGAGCCAGUUCCCCAACCCCGACCGCGGGCCCCUCCCCUCUCUAGGAUGCUCCCAUCACACGCUUGGGGCUCCUUCCGGGGUAACUAACUGUGAGGCCUGGGGGAGCCCCAGGGGACACGGCCCCUGCCUGGCCUUUUUCAUACCUGGGAAAGUCCUUUUGAAAACCCAGCUGGCCCCUGCCCUCGGGCACCAGGGCUCAGGGAGGGCCGGGCCCUGGGUGAGACCUGCCUGCACAGGACGGUGCUUCCAGCCCACACCAGGCGCUGGGUGGUGGAUUAGGCAGGAUUAGAACCCGGGUACUGGAGAGACCCUCCAGGUUGGCACAGCAGCAGGUGGGGUGGGGUCACACUCACCAGAGUCCAGGCCAGGGCACAGGGAGCCCCAGGCAGCCCAGUGUUGCGGGUGGUGACGUCCGGAGGGCAGAGGAGACCAGAGGUCCCCGCACUCAGAGCCCACGACAACCCACACCUUAGCGCCUCCCUGUGGAGGGGUGCUCCGCCCUGGGGCCAAGGCUCAUGGAGGUGAGGUGCCCUGGGCCCCAGUGGUUUGAAUUCUUUGGGUCAACAUGAGAGGAGAGAGAUGGCGGGUGGGUCCCCAUGCCCUGUAACCCAGGGCCUCCUCUCGCCUCCUGAGCCGUCCCUGAGGUCACGCAGCCUUGAGCCUCCAGAAGAGGGACAGGCCCCGGGAGGCGCAGGAGCGCUCCCGACCCAGCACUGUGGGGCAGGUCUCCCCCUCCCGCAGGAUGGAGGGCUGACGGGGGCUCUGCCUCUCCAAGGGUGAGGACAGCAUGGGGGCCACCUGCAGGGGCAGCCCAGGGUCCCUGAGCCGGCCCAACGCAGCGUCUGGACUGGGACCCCCACCCGCUCCACCCCACACCAUUUCAUCGUCAGAAACUGUGGGAAAGCAAGAAAGAGGAAGUGCAGAACCCUCUCCCCACGCCCUAGGAUGGUCCCCAUUUUCCGCCCCCGUUUUCACCCUCAUGGUGACACUUCCUGUGCAAGAAUAAGGAGCAUCCUGCGAGUUACACACCUGGUCACACUCUCUUCAGGAAACCGCUUUUUUUUUUUAAACCUCUAUCUCUCCUUGGUAAGGACGAGACACCCCGUGGUGGCUGAGGUGAUCCUCCGGACAGACCGACGUGUUUUUGUUUUUAAGAUGCCACUUGCCGAGCACCUUCCGUGGGAGAGACACUGUCCUGGUCUGUCUGCAUCUAGAGUAAUAGGUGACGACAAAAGCAGACAUGGCAUAGCGCUCACCACGGGCCGCGCACUCCUCUGCCGCCUCCCUUGCAGUCAUUCAUUCAUUCCUCCCCCCUUGGGGGCAGGGCUGUGCAGAGGAGGAACCCGAGGCAGAGAGAGGUGAAGCAACUUGCCCAAGAUCACACAGUUAGUUAGAACUGGUGAGGCUGCAUUCCAACCCCGGUAGAAAGAGGCCCAGAGAGGUGAAAGAGCUGACCCAGGGUCACACAGAGGGCUCCUGCCCACCCCAAAUCGGGCCCCUGAGUGGGCAUCUCCCGCCCUGGCCCCAGCUCCCAGCCACACCCAGUCCUGGGCUUUCCUCCCCUGAGGACUCUGGCUCGGCCGGACAUCUCUCCGCCAGGGCUGAGGUUGAUGACUGGUCUGGCUCCCUGGGGAUGUCCCCACCCUCCCCACUGGACUCCAGCUGCAGCAGGAAGUCAAGCUAGAUGGGAAGGAGAGUGGGUCUCUAGCAGGUGCUGUGCAGUCCUGGAGUACCCCAGGGGGCCCUUCCUGAGUCAGAAGAGAUGCAGAGUUCUUGCCCAAGCGCCCACAGCUUCAGGGCGCAGAGCUGGGACCCCAUCCAUCCACCCCACAAAAGCUGUGGGGUGUUGGGGCAGCCCGCAGGUGAGCAGUUCGCCUGUGCCCAAUGCUUGGACCACCACCGUGGCCCGCUGCCUGAACGUCAGCACAUGCCCUGGGGGCCCAGGUCUGCCUCACCAGGGACGCUGGCUCCGGGACUCGCCCUGGGCAGACAGCACCCAGAAAAGAACCCCAGCACAGAAGUAAUCGAGUCGGUCUCCCCCAGGGCUGCGAUAGAGCUACCCCCUGUUAGGGAGACCGCCCCCUUUUUACGGAACUGAGUUUCAGGUCCACGAUGGGCCGGUCCCCCAGUUCGCACUGCGGACAAACAGGUCUGCGCCCUCGCGACCCUGGUUCUGUUCCGCCCGCAGGCUACCCCUUCGUGGCACUGUGGUGGUGACCAAGGCGUGCGCGGACCCAUGCGAGCCCUCGAACGCGGACGGGCUAGGCCAAAAGGGCCACAGAGCUGCUGCCGCCAGGAUCCGUGCCCCGCGCGGGGCGCUGCUGGGGGCCGGGCCGGGCCGGGCCGGGCGGGGCCCGGGAGCGA